AUGGAGUCAGAGGAUGAUCAAGUUUAUAUUCCUCAAGUAAAGGCAGAGUUGAUGCCUAAAUUAUACCAAGAGUUUGAAACAAUAGAUGAUGUUGCUGCUUUCUACAAUAGAUAUGCAAAAGAAGCAGGGUUUAGUAUUAGAAGUCAUUCUACUGCAACCAGCAAAGAUAAGAAACAACUUAUGAGGAAGGAGUAUGUCUGUUAUAAGCAAGGAGAUUCCAAAGUUGAAGGAGAAAAGCGUAAGAGAGGAUUACCAAAAGUGGGUUGUAAAGCGAGAAUUGCAGUUGUGAGAAAGGAGUCUGGAAGAUAUGCAAUCUCUGUAUUUGUUGAGGCUCACAACCAUCCAUUAACAAGCCCGCCUAGAGUACAUUUGUUGAGAUCUCACCGUGGUGUAUCAGAAGUUAACACAGUUCUAUCACAGCAACUAAGCUUGGUGAAUGUGGAGAAACAUAAACAGUUUGAAUUCUUUGGUGUUCAGGCAGGUGGCAUUCAAAAUAUUGGUUUUAUACAGCGUGAUCUAUAUAAUUAUGGAAGAACUUGUCGUGAAGAGAAGAAGGGGCGUGAUGGAGAUCUACUGUACAUGCAUUUUGAGAAUGAGAAAGAAAAAGAUUCUUCUUUUGUCUAUACAAUGGAUGGAGAUGAGGAAAACAGAGUAACACGGUGCUUUUGGGCUGACUCAAUUUCAAAACGAGCUUAUAACUUUUAUGGAGAUGUAGUUAUCUUUGAUACUACAUACAACACAAAUCGGUAUGGAAUGAUUUUUGCACCAUUCAGUGGUGUUAACAAUCAUGGGCAGACAAUCAUCUUUGCUUGUGCAUUCUUGAAUGAUGAGACAACCGAUACUUUUGUUUGGUUAUUCAAGGAAUUUCUAAAUGCAAUGCCAGGAGAUGCACCAGAAAAUGCCCCCAAGAUGAUCAUUACCGACAAAGAUCCUGCUAUGACUAAAGCCAUUUCAGAAGCACUCCCACAAACAUUUCAUAGAUAUUGCAGUUGGCACAUUCUUAAUAAAUUUUCUGAGAAGCUAGAUGCGAUUAAAUAUCGGGAUUCCUACCAAGACUUUCAUAGCUGCAUAUGGAAUUCAAGUAGUAGAGAGGAGUUUGACUCAAGAUGGAUUGAAAUUAUUGAGAAGAGUGGGUUGAGUGAUAACAAGUGGCUGGAGUCGAUAUACGAAAUUCGUUCAUCAUGGAUACCAGCAUAUGUCAAUCAUGUUUUCUCAGCUGGAAUGUCAAGUAGUCAAAGAGCAAAGAGUCAACAUUCUUUCUUCAAGAAUUAUGUUUCUAAGUGGAAUUCAUUGGUGGAAUUUAUGGUUCAGUUUAAAAGGGGACUUCUUCACCAACGACAUUAUGAGUUAGAGGAGGAUCAUAUUAAUAUUGAUGAGAAGGCAAAAACUGUCGUGUCCCUUGACUUAGAAGAUCAUAUGGCCAAGGUUUAUACACGUAAACUAUUUUAUGAAGUUCAAGAACAGUUGAGAGAGAGCUUCAAAUAUGAACUUGAACUUGUGUUUGAAAAUGUCACUCAAGAACAGUUUAAGGUUAUACGAAAGAACAUUGAUACUUGUAAGUCUCGUGAACUUACUUAUGAAAAGAAAUCUGAUUUUGCAUCAUGCAGCUGUAGAAUGUUUGACAGUCAAGGUUUCCCAUGUCGGCAUGUUUUGGCAUAUUUGAUUAAGAUCCAAGAUGUUGAUAAAUUGCCUAUUCAGUACAUCUUGAAGAGAUGGACUAAAGCUGCAAGACAUAGAGUUGUGUUAGAUUGUAAUGGAAUGGAGAUAAAAGAUAACAAAGCUUUACUUGCAAGGAGGACUAAACUAUUCCAGCAUGCUACAUGUGCAAUUGAUAAGGUUAUGGUGAGUGAUGAGGCUACCAAGCUGUUUAUGGAAGCAUUGGAUGCUUUUUUGGAGAAUAUUAAACCAUUAGUUAGUAAUGAAGGUGGACAAACUGCAGUAGAUUUGGAGAACGAGACCAACAAUGCUACUAUUCGGCAUGUUUUUAAUGAACCACAUCAAGUGAGAGCAAAAGGGUGUGGGAGAAGGUUGAAGAAAGGAAAAGAGAAGAGGAAAGUUAAUGUAAAUGCCAGUCAAGGUAGGCAAUGCCAUGGAUGUGGACUAUUUGGUCAGUCACAUGACAAAAGAAAUUGUCCAACACUUCAUGGAAGACCUGCUAUUGAUGAAAAUGGUGAUUCAAGUUCCACUAGUAUGGAUGAGGAUAGUUGUUCAUCAUCUCAUUUGGCAGAAUAA